AUGGAGAAAGCUAAACAAGAUGCAUUCGACAAUGCCAGACUACAAGUGAUCAAAGAUGGCUAUGAGAGGGCCUUUGAAUGCAUCAAUAAAGGACUCACUUUAGACGAAGCUGGAGACAAGGUACAGGCCCUGGAGCUCUACAAGCGAGGGCGACAGCACCUUCUCAGGGCCACCAGUGUGCCCUCACAGGGGGAGGAGUGUGUCGGCAGCUCCUGGGAAUUAGCCAGACAGAUGCAGCAGAAGAUGCAGGAGACGCUGAACAACAUCACCACUCGUCUGGCCAUACUAGAGACCAGCUCUGACCUUGGAUCUGCACCUACACUGAACACUAGCAGUGUGUCUGUCCCUGGUGCUACAGACAUGUCUGCAGAAGGUCUUUACCCAAAACUUCCCAUCAACAAGAAGCCAGAGAGGCCAGCUCCCCCAAACCCACUGUCGGCUAAUGGCCAGGCAGCAGGAGCUGUAGGAGGCAUGCCUGUGUGCAGUAGUGAGGGUCUACCUCUCUCACCUACCAGACAGCCUGCGGUUCUAGUCGAGCAGCCUCCAGCUUACUCUCCUCAGGCGGCUGACGGCCACUUGUCUAUCUCAUAUGGGACAGAUGCAGGGGAAAUGUCAUUGGUUGGGGAUGAGUUCUACAGUCGUACAUCUAACUCAACACCAUCUCCCCAGAGUAUGGGCGAAGAGGGAGAGGAGCUACUGUAUAUCCCUCAUGGUGUACAGAUAUUCUUUGUCACACCUGAAGGGCAAGUGAGUGCUCCAUCAUACCCGGGCUACCUGCGGCUGGUGAAGUUUAGUAGUGAUCACUCUGAUAGAAUGCCCAACCGACCACCAGCAUUUCUGCAGGUGUGUGACUGGCUAUACCCUCUCAUGGCCAUGGACUCUCCAGUGCUACUGUGUAACACUGGUGUGUUUAUGUUUCCGGACAUGAUGGCGCCAGCUCCAGGCUAUUAUGUUGGGGUAGUGUUGUCCUCUGAGCUACCUGCUGCAGACAGAGCACUGUUUCAAGACCUGCUGUCCCAGAUGACAGAUCUCAGGAUUCAGGCUCCAGAUGAAGCUGCAGACGCCAUUAAUCUCAGUCAGAAGGUGGCCAUCGCGACACCUGAGGAAAGUGAACCUGCAGCAACACAGGAGGAUACGCCUCUGCCUGAGUGGAGUGAAAAGGUGGCAAGUGGGAUCCUGACAGGUGCGUCCUGGCUAAGCUGGGGCCUGGUGAAGGGAGCCGAGUUCACAGGCAAGGCCAUUCACAAAGGUGCAUCUAAACUCAGAGAGCACAUCACUCCAGAGGACAAACCCACCCACGUCAGCCCCACAGUCACCAAAGGCCUCCAUGUUGCCAAGCAAGCGACAGGGGGAGCUGUCAAAGUCAGCCAGUUUCUAGUGGACGGGGUGUGUACGGUCGCGAGCUGUGUCGGUCGAGAGUUGGCUCCACAUGUGAAAAAACACGGAGGCAAGCUGAUCCCAGAGUCUAUUAGGAAAGACAAGGAUGGACGUUCCAACAUAGAUGGAGCCAUGGUGGUGGCUGCCAGUGGAGUGCAAGGAUUUGCGACCAUGUGGACUGGUUUGGAAGUAGCAGCAAAGAACAUUACCACGAGUGUAGCAUCAGAAACAGUCACCACCGUAAAACACAAAUUUAGGGGUCUACAAAACAUCUUUGACCCACCUAAUGAGAAGAAAUGUACGGGGCAGCAGCAGGACAAGCCACAGACAAUGCUGUCAAUUCUGCCAUUAAUGUCGGUAUCACUGCCUUCAAUGUUGACAACCUGGGGAUCAAAGCUGUGGUGAAAAGGACUGGCAAGCAAACGGCACAGGCCAUUUUGGAAGACUACAAGCUUCAGGAAAAGCCACAGAGUGAGAAGCAAGUGGAGAAAUCGGACAAAUAGCCGGCAGUGCCUCAUUCCCUCAGCAAUGCCUUAAAGCAUAAUUUGUAUUGUUCCAUCAAAUAAAUCUAUAUUUAAUAUUCAUUAUUUAUAAAAAUGUGUUCUAUAUUUACAACAUAACUACUGUUAUUUGCAUAUCCUAUAGUUUGAUACAUGUCUUGAGCACUUUAAUCUUUAUUUAAAAUAAGGUAGAUGGACCUAAUGAAGAAAAACGGCACUAUAUAACCUAAAGUGUAACAUUAAUUUUGUGUGUACAGUAUAUUGAUACACACUAUAACAUUCAGGUAUUAUCACUCUGCUCUUUUUACUAAGAAAGCACUGGAAUUGUCAUUGAGUAGACACUGAAAUCUAUAAAUUGUGCAAUUUACAUACUUUGAAGGAAUUAUUAAAAAUAUGUGUGUUAACUGUUUCAGACCAAAAAGAAUCUGCUAUACUGUUGCUUCCCCCGUGGUAUUUCAAAUGAGGAGUAAUCGCUGUGAAUGUGCCUGCAAAUGUCAAAUGAUAUGCAAAAAUCUAACGUUUUGUUAAACCUAAGCUGUAAAAUUUGAUCUGUGGUCUAUUGUGUAUUUUUGAUUGACCUUCAGUAUGUAGCAAGUGAGUGUUUGCUGACUCCUGUAAAUGAGGGUUACUACAAUGUUAAUGCCUCAACUGCUGUUUAUAUUUGUGUCCGCUACAAUUUGCAGUGCUGUCUUCUGCAUUCAAUUCAGUUAUAUCCACAUAUUUUUAAAAUGUUAAAAACUAGAUGCUAUUAGUUUGAUGUAUGGACAGAACAUUUAACAAAAUGUGAUUUUUGAAGUGUGAUGCUGUUUUUUUGAGUGAUCUGGUUUGGCUUCUAAACUCCAGCUUUAAGACCCCAGCAGGUAAAUGUAAUUUUCAGAUGGCUUUCAAGUACUCUGCACAUUGAGAUGUAUUUCCCACCUGAAAUACUGAAACUAUUUAAAUAAACAAGAGAUUCAUUGUUUUUGAAGAA